UUACCGAAGAGGGACAAGACCAGAUCAUCGAGGAAACGCACGACCGCGCCCACCGCGGAAUCGAAGAUAAUUACAAGGUGAUCUCUGGAAAAUACUUCUUCCCAAGGAUGCGGAACAAGCUAAUAUGUGCUUCGAUCAUUAUAUACAGUAUAAUUCCAUACACAUUGGCAGACUCAUUUUUGAAUGUUAUAAACAUAGGAAAUAACCCAAUUGUCGAAAUCAAAAUAACCAAUUGUAAGAUACAAACCGGAAACAUAAAAAUCAUACACCCAGUGAAGCUAGAUAGAAUUGAGGAGAGCAUGGAAAUUAUAACGAAUUCAUUCUAUAACAAACUAACAAAUACUAACAACCCCUUACACGAAGUGAUCAAGUUCAGGAUUAAGAAGCUAUAUGCAACUCUCUAUGGAUUGAAGCCACAGCAGGCACGUCGCCACCGACGAUGGGAUUCACUAGGCACCGCGUGGAAAUGGAUAGCUGGAUCACCGGAUGCGCAGGACUUACACAUCAUCAACUCUACCAUGAACGAGCUUAUUAACCAAAACAACCACCAAUACAAGAUAAACGACAACAUCAACAACAGGAUUACGCAGCUCACGAUAACCGUUAACCAAAUAGCUAACUCCCUCAACAGUAAAAACAAGGCAAACCUGGAUGCCUUAGAUGCAGUCACAACAAUGUUAAACGUCGACGUCAUCAACGAGCUAUUGGACAACAUUCAAGAAGCCAUCACCCUCUCAAAGAUCUCCAUCAGUAACAACAAAAUUCUAUCUACGCGGGAAAUUAACAUCAUCAAAUCAACCCUUCAAGACCAAGGAGUACUCAUCCACUUCCCAGACGAAGCACUUCAAUUCGUUACCCCGAAGGUUGCUGUUAGAAACGGUGAUUUACUGUACAUCCUUAACGUUCCACAGCUGGAAUCUACAACAUCGACAAUCACAAGGAUCUACCCACUCAUCGUGGAUAAUCAAAUAAUCAGAUCAUACCCAAGCCACAUCAUACGGCAUGGUAACAAAUUAUUCACGACCAGAAACCCAGAAGAUUUCGUCCAAAAAUCAACAUUCAUCACAGAGUUUGAGGACGACUGUAUCCAAGCCAUCAUAUUUGGAAAACAGUCACGAUGCAGUUCUAUUUUCCAAAACGAAACCACCCAACAACUGGUAAACGAGAACACCCUAUUAAUCUCGAAUGCCGUCAACCACACCUUGGAAACAAAUUGCGGACCAGAUACCAGAAGAAUCACCGGAAAUUUCAUCAUCAAAUUCAACAACUGCACCGUCAACUUCAACGGCCAAUCAUUCCGAAGUUCGGAAACGUUCAUCGACACCGAAGUAAUCAACAAUGCAUUUCACAACAGUUUAAUGGAAUGGAGUCUUCAUAAACCACACGACAUAGCAGAGAUCAGCAAUACUGCAGUUAGUAACCGGCAAAAAUUGGACCACGUAUAUCUGCAACAAGACAGUCUACAUUUCAAACUUUGGACAACGUUCGGAGGAAUUUCGAUAUCAACCAUACUUGGAUUUUGCGGUAUUUGCAUCAUCAUCAAAGUCAUCGUGAAAAACAUAACCAACGGACCGGGACGUUCCGUACUUGAGGAGGGUUCAGUUAUAGUUGCUUCCCACCAACCAAACAAACCGAACAUCGUAAACGACCAGAAUAGUCAACACCAUCAAGUAAGGAAUCUGCAACGUCAGCAGGUGGAGCUAGAGAAGGAGCUGCAACGACUCCGCGCGCAUUUCUACGAAGAACAGUCUACAGCACCGCAACCGGACACCACCACGAGGCACCACAACGCGAUCCAAUAGAGUGUGCAUACUCAGCAAGUAGCUGGACAGGGCUCAUAGGUAGUCAGGGACUCAGGAUAGGUAUAAUAAAUCAGUCUAGAGUCAGAGCUCUAAGUGUGAAGUUCAA